CUGAGGAAAGGGGGUGAGGUGGAGCGACCGAGCGUGCCAUGCAUUGAGCUAGGGAGCCUCUCUCAAUUCCAUUCUUCAGCUCGGCGUGGGAGCGAUGUCUGAGGGUUUGCCCGAAAAGAGUUCGUCGCGGCCUCUCGGGUGUCUGGUCAACCGGGCUGCGGGGGUCGUCUGGGCUGGGCCAGGGGCGGUCGGCGCCGCGGUCGGCGCGCGCCGGGUGGCUCCGCUGUGGGAGUUUUCGGCUGGCGUCUGUGGGGGAAUUAUUCGAGGAGCCCUAACUUGUAUAAAAGCAGAGUCCAUUUAAAGUUGGGCUGGAUAACCCGUCUCUCAUUGGUUGGGGGGCUUGGAAAAAAGAGUCUCGGCAGCCCUCGCUGUGGUGCUGCCGCCGCCGCCGCCGCCGCCGCCGGAGUUGACUCUUCUGCUCGCACUGCUGCUGCAGCACAAACGUGACUUCCAACAUUUUAAAUUUAUCUUUCCCUUUUAUUUUCCAAGAUGUAACUACAGAUCAGACACUAAGGACCUUCACGUUUCGCUGAUGUAGUUUUUGGAGGAAAAAGGGGGGGAGUGAAGGGCGUCGGUUUUUUUUUGUGUGUGUGUUUCGGGGGAAAUUUUCCAUUAUGAGUGUUUUACUAAAGUGAAUUAUUAUUAUUUUUUUUGUUUGCUUCGUUCGUCUUUGGCUCUUUUUUUUUUUAUUUUGUCUUCGCAAUUUCGGAUUUAUUUCAAGGCGAAUCGGGCUUUGGGGGAAGAGGAAGAAAAGUCGGAUUACAAGAUCAGCCACUACCAACAACAAUAAAAACCACCAGGAUAUUUUUUUGAAAAUUUCUGACGGCUUUAAAUUCAUGAAGCAAUUGUCCCCUUUUGCAAUCAGCAUUUGGAUCUCAGAAUGAGCAAGGAAAGACCCAAGAGGAAUAUCAUUCAGAAGAAAUACGAUGACAGUGAUGGGAUUCCCUGGUCAGAAGAGAGGGUGGUACGGAAAGUCCUUUAUUUGUCUCUGAAGGAGUUCAAGAACGCCCAGAAGAGGCAGCAUGGGGAAGGCCUUGCUGGGGGCCUGAAAACCGUGAAUGGGCUCCUUGGUAAUGGCCAGUCUAAGGGAUUAGGACCAGCAUCAGAACAGUCAGAGAAUGAGAAGGACGAUGCAUCCCAAGUGUCCUCUACUAGCAACGAUGUUAGUUCUUCAGAUUUUGAAGAAGGGCCGUCGAGGAAAAGGCCCAGGCUGCAAGCACAAAGAAAGUUUGCUCAAUCUCAGCCGAAUAGUCCCAGCACAACUCCAGUAAAGAUAGUGGAGCCAUUGCUACCCCCUCCAGCUACUCAGAUUUCUGACCUCUCUAAAAGGAAGCCUAAGACAGAAGAUUUUCUUACUUUUCUCUGCCUUCGAGGUUCUCCUGCGCUGCCCAACAACAUGGUAUAUUUUGGAAGCUCUCAGGAUGAGGAGGAUGUCGAGGAGGAAGAUGAUGAGACAGAAGACGUCAGAACAACCACCAACACUGCUUCAUCUUCAUGCCAGUCAACCCCCAGGAAGGGGAAAGCCCACAAGCCCGUGCACAACGGGCAUGUUUUCAAUGGUUCCAGCAGGUCAUCACGGGAGAAAGAACCUGUUCAAAAACACAAAAGCAAGGAAGCCACACUGGGGAAGGAGAAGCCCAGCGACCCCCGGGCUGACAGCCGGAGGGAGCAGGCUCCGGUGAACCCCACCCCGGCGGCCCCUGCCACGGGCUCCUCGGCCAAGGGGCUCACUGCUAACCACCACUACCACCCUCUGCAUCGGUCGGCUCAGGACUUACGUAAACAGGUUUCUAAGGUAAAUGGAGUCACUCGAAUGUCAUCUCUGGGUACAAGUGCAACCAGUGCCAAAAAGAUGCGCGAAGUCAGACCUUCACCGUCCAAAACUGUGAAGUACACUGCAACGGUGACAAAGGGGACUGUCACAUACACCAAAGCCAAGAGAGAACUGGUCAAGGAAACCAAACCCAAUCACCACAAGCCCAGCUCAGCUGUCAACCACACAAUCUCAGGGAAAACCGAAAGUAGCAAUGCAAAAACCCGCAAACAGGUGCUAUCCCUCGGGGGGGCGUCCAGGUCCACCGGGCACGCCGUCAAUGGCCUCAAGGUCAGUGGCCGGUUGAACCCAAAGUCAUGCACUAAGGAGGUGGGGGGGCGGCAGCUGCGGGAGGGGCUGCGGAACUCCAAGCGGAGACUGGAAGAGGUGCAGCAGGCAGCCAAGCCGCAGUCGCCUCCCAAGAAGAUGAAAGGGGCGGGCGGCCCCGCCGAGGCCCCCAGCAGGAAGGGGACACUAGUCCCCGCCGCGCCGGCCCCCGCCGAGAAGGCUCCGCUGAACGGCCACGUGAAGAAGGAAGUGCCCGAGCGGAGCUUGGAGAGGAACCGGCCGAAGCGGGCCACGGCCGGGAAGAGCACGCCAGGCAGACAAGCACACGGCAAGAUGGACGGCGCCUCCUGUGAAAAUCGUUCUACCUCGCAAACAGAGCCCCUGCACAAGCCGCACGACGCGUCGGCCCGGCCGGAGAAGGGGAGCGGCAGGGCCGGCUGGGCGGCCAUGGACGAGAUCCCGGUCCUCCGGCCGUCCGCCAAGGAGUUUCACGACCCACUCGUCUACAUCGAGUCGGUCCGCGCUCAGGUGGAGAAGUAUGGCAUGUGCAGGGUGAUCCCCCCGCCCGACUGGCGGCCCGAGUGCAAGCUCAAUGACGAGAUGCGCUUCGUCACGCAGAUUCAGCACAUCCACAAGCUGGGCCGGCGCUGGGGCCCCAACGUGCAGCGGCUGGCCUGCAUCAAGAAGCACCUCAGAUCUCAGGGCAUCACCAUGGACGAGCUGCCGCUCAUAGGUGGCUGCGAGCUCGACCUGGCCUGCUUUUUCCGUCUGAUUAAUGAGAUGGGCGGCAUGCAGCAAGUGACUGACCUCAAAAAAUGGAGCAAACUAGCAGACAUGCUGCGCAUCCCCAAGACUGCCCAGGACCGGCUGGCCAAGCUCCAGGAGGCCUAUUGCCAGUACCUGCUCUCCUAUGACUCCCUGUCCCCCGAGGAGCACCGACGGCUGGAGAAGGAGGUGCUGAUGGAGAAGGAGAUUCUGGAGAAGCGGAAGGGGCCCCUGGAGGGCCACACGGAGCACGACUACAACAGGUUCCACCCUCUGCCACGCUUCGAGCCCAAGAAUGGGCUCGUCAAUGGUGUGGCACCCAGGGACAGCUUCCGCAGCAAGCUCCAAGAGGUGGGCCAGGCUCAGCUCAAGACGGGCCGGCGGCGGCUCUUUGCUCAGGAAAAGGAAGUGGUGAAGGAGGAGGAGGAGGACAAGGGUGUCCUCAGCGACUUUCACAAGUGCAUCUACAAGGGAAGGUCUGUUUCUUUAACAACUUUUUAUCGAACAGCAAGAAAUAUCAUGAACAUGUGCUUCAGCAAGGAGCCCGCACCAGCUGAAAUUGAGCAAGAGUACUGGAGGUUAGUGGAAGAGAAGGACUGCCAUGUGGCAGUGCAUUGCGGCAAGGUGGACACCAACACUCACGGCAGUGGAUUCCCGGUGGGGAAGUCAGAACCAUUUUCAAGGCAUGGAUGGAACCUCACCGUCCUCCCCAAUAACACAGGGUCCAUCCUGCGCCACCUUGGUGCUGUGCCUGGAGUGACAAUACCCUGGCUAAAUAUUGGCAUGGUCUUUUCUACCUCAUGCUGGUCACGAGACCAAAACCACCUUCCCUACAUUGACUACUUACACACUGGUGCUGACUGCAUUUGGUAUUGCAUUCCUGCUGAGGAGGAGAACAAGCUCGAGGACGUGGUGCACGCCCUGCUGCGAGCCAACGGCACCCCAGGCCUGCAAAUGCUGGAGAGCAAUGUCAUGAUCUCCCCGGAGGUGCUGUGCAAAGAGGGAAUCCAGGUCCACAGGACCGUGCAGCAGAGUGGCCAGUUUGUCGUCUGCUUCCCGGGAUCCUUCGUGUCCAAAGUGUGCUGUGGCUACAGCGUCUCUGAGACUGUGCACUUCGCCACCACCCAGUGGACGAGUAUGGGCUUCGAGACGGCCAAGGAAAUGAAGCGUCGCCAUAUAGCUAAGCCAUUCUCCAUGGAGAAGUUACUCUACCAGAUCGCACAAGCGGAAGCCAAGAAGGAAAACGGCCCCACGCUCAGUACCAUCUCCGCCCUUCUGGAUGAGCUCAGGGAUACGGAGCUGCGGCAGCGCCGGCAGCUCUUCGAGGCCGGCCUCCACUCAUCCGCCCGCUACGGCAGCCACGACAGCAGCAGCGCCACGGUGGAUGGGAAGAAAAAGCCUCGAAAAUGGCUGCAGUUGGAGACAUCGGAGAGGAGGUGUCAGAUCUGCCAGCAUUUGUGCUACCUUUCCAUGGUUGUACAGGAAAAUGAGAACGUGGUGUUCUGCCUGGAGUGUGCGCUGCGCCAUGUGGAGAAGCAGAAGUCCUGCCGGGGGCUGAAGCUGAUGUACCGUUACGACGAGGAACAGAUCAUCAGUCUGGUGAAUCAGAUCUGUGGCAAGGUACCCGGUAAGAACGGCAGCAUCGAGAACUGUCUCCGUAAACCCACACCAAAAAGAGGGCCCCGCAAGAGAGCCACGGUGGACGUGCCGCCGUCCCGGCUGUCAUCCUCCAGCUCAUCCAGAAGUGCUUUGGGCUCGUGAAGAUGCCAACACCCAUGGGCGACCAAUCUAUAUUUUUUGUAAUUAUUAUAUUCUAGUUUGGAGUACUUGCUGUAGGGUACACGCUGUCUUUGCACUAGCUCGAAAGAAGAUUUUCUUCUGGUUUUAGAGAACUAACUUUGUUUUAGCAUUAAACUGUUGAACUUUUUUUUGUACUUAGAAUCCUAGAUACUGCAGUCAGAUUUUUGGAACUGCCGUAUAUUCACUGUUUUCAAACCCUUGAGGGGCUGUAUUAAUUUGUAUUGCCCCUGUGGCUAACAAAAGCCUUUUUGUUUUUGUGUUUGUUUGUUUGUUUGUUUGUUUUUUGGUAACUGUUGGGGGAAAAAAGGCUUUUUAAACCCAUUUUUGAAGAGGGUGAAGUUUGGAGAACAAAUUUUAAACCCAUCAGUCAUGUGAGCAGAUUUUUCUAGAGGAAAAGGGAUAGGACACACACACACACACACACACACACACACACACACACACGAAAAGAAAUGGCUUUACUUUGGCUGUCCUUUUCUGUCAUGUGCAAAAUGAGUUGGUAUUUUUUAAAACCAGAGAACCCCCGUUUUGUGUCCGUGGGUGGUUAUGGCAGCUGAAGGUGGAUGAUGUUUCCUAACCGUAGGCAAAACGAGGCGAUGGGAGUGACUAGGUUCUCUACCAGCACAUCACUAUGCAUCUGUUAAGGAAGAGAAGAGAGAAGCCUGCCUGCCUUGGAGGGUCACGUGAGGGAGACCUGUGCCUGAUUUCAUUAGGAAAUCCAUUCUGUUAUUUUUGGUGCUGUUGGCUACUUUAUCAAAAAACCCUUCAAUAGCAUCCUUAAGACAAAAAAAAACUGAUUGGAGCCGUAAGUGCUUCUGUGUCAUAGAUGUGCAAUCUUUCUAACAUUCCAUCUUCAUCUCACUGCUUGUUUUACACCUUCACAAGUCAGCAUUAAUCUUUCUUGUUCCAUCUGUUUCGUUUAUGAUCACAUUUAGAGCCACGAGGCGGCCUGCAGUUCUUUGAAUGUGAAAACGCAUUUGUGCUCAUCUUGUCUAUUUUUUCUCUUCAUGUUGUAACAAAAAGAAAAAAGAAGAAAAAAAAUCCCAUCCCUUUUGUACAUAAUGCCUGUAAAUUGUUUUAAAUACUUGAGCCUUUUUCUCGGUGGGGGGUGGGGAGGGGGGUGAGAAGACGAGAUGAAGAAAAGCCUUACAUUUCAGUUUCUUCAUCGGUUGGAGUGGAUGCUUACAGGGUUUUUCUUGUAACGUUUAUAAAAGUGCUGCUUACAUCACUGAACAACAACAUGGUAAUGGAGUAGCUGUUGCCCUUCUCCGGCUGUGUGUACAGUAUGUGUGGAAUAAAAAAGGGAACUGUUUUCACAAGCUGUCCUUUGUUUCAUAAUUGGACUCAUCGAUCCCGUAGCUGCCCCGUUGCACUGAGCUUGCCCGUGGGACUAUCGGGAACGUCCUGUGAUACGCUUUGUCGGUGGUCGUUACAGAAGCUUGAACUGUUUGCGUAUUUAACAGUUACAUAAACAGAGUCGCGUGUUUUCCAAUGUGGUUGUCCGGUUCUUAUGGCCUUGCUGUGUACUUUCCCUCUUUGACAGUGAACUUCUGCCUGUGGCUUACAGUUUGACAUUUAAUUUAUUAGCGCUGCUCUGCACCCCUCCCUCGGGAGGGAAGACUUCAUGUUGUUUAUUGCCAGUUUUUUGUUUACUUUUCAGGUUUGUACUACAAGGUUUAAUAAUAAAAACAAAGUUUUUGGA